AUGCUAUGUUUCAGUCAAAGAGGCCAUUUGGGAGAGUACAUCUUGAAAACUCCGUUUACUCUCCUAGCUUCAUCAAAUUUGUGGACAAACGAAAAAGUAACUGGAACUGUGGGAAGAUCGAUCACAAUAAAUUGUAGAUAUGACACAUGGUUCAAGUCCAACAUGAAAUACUGGUGUCUUGGUCGGUCUGCCCGUUGCUCAUAUUUGGUGAGAACAACUGAUCCAGGUGGACAGCAAGGAAGAAUGUCAAUCAAAGAUUACACAGCACAAGGAGUAUUUGUUGUGACCAUGGAGGAUCUUCGCAUCAAAGAUGCAGGAUGGUACAGCUGUGGUAUUGAUAGACAAGUUAUUGAUGAAUUACGUGCUGUGAAGGUUGAAGUAUCUGAUGAACCUGUGUCUGUCCCUGUAAUUCGAUUUUUAACACCAAAUAUCUGGUGUUUUGAGAACCUAGUUUCUGUUUCCUGUGAGUCUGUCCAGGGAUCCUUUCCCAUUCGGUACACAUGGUACGAAAGGACCCGAUCUGUAGGUUCAACGAUUUCUGAGAACAAUAUACUGGAUCUACAUUGUCAAUUAUUCAAACAACAAUAUAAUCAAUAUUACUGCAUAGCCUCAAACACUCAGGGAGAACAAUACAGUGAAACGGUGAAAGUGACAAUUGUCCACAGAUCAGAGAGGAACUGCAGUUUUGUGGCACAGAUUGGGAACCGAGGUUCAGGUGUAGUGCCGGUGAAAAGUAAAGUAACAGGAGUUUUGGGAAGAGCGAUCACAAUAGACUGUCACUAUGACCAAUGGUCACAAUGGUCUGUGAAAGUUUGGAUGCGCCAGUGCUCUGUUUUAGUAAAAUCAAGUGAACAUCAUGGACAACGAGGAAGGAUGUCGAUCACAGAUAACACGACACAAAAUAAAUUUUCUGUUACGAUGGAGGAUCUUCGCUCAGAAGAUGCAGGAUGGUACAGCUGUGGUAUUGAUCAAUCCGGCCUCAUUUCAGUGUCUGCUAUAGAGCUGCAUAUAUCUGACGACCCUGUGUCUCUUCCUGAACUUAGAUUUUUAUCAUCUCCACCAAAUGCGUCAUGUUUUGGGAGCUCGGUGUCAAUCUCCUGUGAAUCUGUCCAGGGAUCCCUCCCCAUUCACUACACAUGGUAUGAAAGGACCCCAUCUGAAGCUUCAAAGAUCUCUAACACCAGUAAACUGGAUCUACAUUGUCAAUCCUUCACACAUCAACAUCAUCAAUAUUACUGCACAGCCUCAAAUACUCAAGGAGAAAAAUCCAGUGAAAUUGUUAAUGUGUCAGUCACACACAGACCAGGGGAGAACUGCAGUUAUGUGGCACAAAUCAGCAACAGUGGAGCUGAUGACUGUUAUAAAAUUUCAACAGUAUCAUCGACAACUACAAAUUCAAACAUCACGUCUCAACUUAAUAUAAGUCACAAUACUUACACAAAAACAUUAGGUGAGCAUCAUGGCCUUUACAAGAAUGAUUUUGAGCACUCUAAGUUCCCCAUCAAUGAGGUGGCCCUGGGUGGAGGGGAUUUGCAGCAGGAGACGCAGUUUGAGAAGAAUGGGUUGACCAUUUGGGACUGA